AUGCUGUGGCAGCUAACGCGGGUAAAUCAAGCUUACAAAAAAGGAAAGAACAGUACGCGAAUACUGCGCUUACGACACAGUGAUGAUGCGGAGUUUGAACCUGAGGUACGUUCGUCCGAGAGUCACAAUGUCCCGCCGGUGCGAAAGGUAUCUGGUAGCAGUGUGAAGGACGACGAGUGGUCUCAGUUAGAAACACAGAGGACGGCACCAGGGGCGAGUGAAUUCUAUACGGAAGAUGAACUUAAUCGUAUGGAAAAACAGUCUCAGAGCAGCGACGAGAGAAACAGGAAGGUUAGCGAAGAAUGGCGUUCGACAAUGAGGACUCCACAAGUUCGAGGUGUCAACAAACCAAAAAGCCAGCUGAAGAAAUCUGAUUCUUGGAUACGUGAAAGGCCGGAGUUGCCUGAAGAACCGACACUGAAGGAACCCCCAUGGUUGGAUCUUGUUAGAAAACGAAGAUGGAGAUCAACAGUGAAAGCGCGGUUUCCGCAGACAGAAAGAGAAAGGAUACAAUUCGAGCGAAGACUGGAUACCAGCAAGAAAGGCCUGAAAUUUAACCCACGUGGUGAGCCCACGGGUAUUACUGGUCCAGAAAUGGAUGAUGAACUGUCGUUAUAUCUGAUACAACAGCGCAGAAGAAUUGAAUCGGAUGACGUAGUCGACUCAGGCUUUCCGUCAGCCAAUAGAAGCUCAGUAUCGUCUGCAAAUCUCAGCUCGGUAUUUUCUGAGCGUUCCUUAAGCGAAUCUGCUUUCCAAGACGAUGAAUACCAUGAUGACGACCCGAAAAAUCGAGAGUUGGCUGCCGAGAAGGGGAUCUUAAAUCUCUCUCGUCCUCCUAUCAAAGGUCCUAAGAAAGAGGUACAUAAAAAUCUAGCUAUGGAACGAUCUAGGCAGUCUACAAUGAAAUGGCGGUUUUCAAUCGAUCCUCAUGAAGCACCAUUGUGGACCCAGCUGCCAAAGCCUUCUGAUAUCGAGGCGUUGAACAACAUGGACGUCGGCUUAGAAGCGAAAUAUUGGAGCUCUAGAAAAAAAUUCCAAACCGGGCAAUUUAACCCUCCAAAAGUUCUUCCAAAGCCUCGCAGCCGGUCGUCCUCAGGAAUUUCUCGAUCCCAUUCAAGUGGCGAAGUUGACUUCGCCCGGCGUUCAUCACACGCUAGUACAUCUGGAACAGAAGAAAUGAUCCCACUUGCCUCGCGUUCUAGCGUGAAGGAAAUGAAACAAAAACUUGCAUCCGGAGAAUAUCUGACGUCAACACCAUUACCGGUCAAACCGGUUGAACUUGAACAGGGAUAUUUGCCGCGCUUGCGUGAUCUGCAACAAAAACUCGCGGAUAGAGCCGACAAUGAAAAACUCAGAAAUUCAAAACCGAAAUACAUUUCCCCUGAGGAGCUAGCGUCCAUAAGUGAAAAGAAGAAAUCCAUCACUGAGGAGCUGUUUACAGAGAAAGACGAAACUCCAACGCCAAUCGAACGCCCGAGGAUGACCCGACGACGUAGCGAUGCGGAAUUGCUUGAUUUGCUAAAGUCACGUAAAGAUGAAGCGGAUCAAUCAGCCGUUGAGACGGCACAAGAGAUUUCAAGUCUAGCCUCGGACAUUUCGAAGACGUUCGGUGAGGAUGGCGAAGAUGGUGUGAAAACGGGAGGAAAGGUAAAAGGGCCGGAAAGAGAACAACAGAAAGCAAGAGAAGCAGCAGAACAGGAAAAACCCGCCGACACUAAUGAGCAAAAGGUUGAGAAGGAAACGAAGGAACAAGUUAAGGAGGAUACUGAGGAAUCACGCAGGGCAACUUGUCCAGAAUUUUUAGUCAAACUGAAAGACUGUGAAGUAUUGGAAGGUAAAGACAUUAGUCUGGAAAUUGUUGUCAGUGGUGAACCUCGACCUACCGUACAGUGGCUCUUCGACGAACGACUGCUGACUAGUAAUGAUAAACGUCACGUGAUUAUCGCCCAGGGUAGUGUCCACAGUCUUAACAUAAAGAAUAUCCAGAUUGAGGACGAAGGAAUAUAUGAGUGCGUGGCUACCAAUAUCGCAGGAACGGCAAAAUGCGAUUGCGAGGUUCUCGUUGAUGGUUAG